GAAAACGCCAAUGUGAUAGUGGUGGACUGGGCAACGGGAGCCAAGACACCGAAUCUACUCGCUGCGGCUGCAUCAUCAAACGCAGUGGGCAGUGACGUCGGCUGGCUCGUGGGUACCAUGACAACCAUGGGUCAAAGUCCAAAACGUAUCACUCUGAUUGGCCACUCUCUUGGUGCCAAUGUUAUGAAAGUCGCUGGUUUGGGACUUAUCAAUGUGGGCAACAUCAAAGUUGGGCAGCUUGUAGCACUGGACCCUGUCGCUGGCAUAUAUACAGGAGCCGCAGACUUGGUGCAAGUGAUACAUACCAGUUCUGUCGCUGCUCUUGCUGCGGGCGACAUUGAUUUUUACAUCAACAAUGGAGCCAUUGAAGCGAACCAAGUUACAGCCCAUAUGAAAGCCAUUAAUAUUUAUGUGAAGUCUGUGAACGGCGGGUGUGCCUUUAAAGCCUGUAAUGCAGCCGGUGGGUGUAACAAGGUCGGCUACGGCGUGAACGCGGAAGGAACCAAGGGGCGUUUAGAUCUCAGCGUUCCGAACACAUCCACAUUCUGUUAAAGUAACGACAAAUCCUCUUUCUGCCAAUAAAUUGCACAAUUCCUUUUAUUUUC